AAAUCAAUCUCUUUUUUUUGUGUGUUUUUAUUUAUGAACAACGAUAAAGAUCAACAAGAACGAGUGUCCUUGAAGGACAUGAAAAAGUUUGAAAAAUGGACGAAAUCACUUAAAUACAUCACUGGUUUAGGCAUGACAGAAGUAGAGAAAGAGGACUUUAAAAAGCGUCUUGAAACAGAUCUAGAAGAAUACCAAUGCCAUCAAUGUGAAAUGUGGAGAGAUAAUCUAUUAAAGAAUAGUCCUCCUGUGCGAUUCAUGGUGGAUGAACUCAAAAAGAUCAAUAAACAAAUGGUGAAAGAAGACUUCAAAUGUAUGCCAUGUGACAACACAAGAGCAGGAGGAUUCUCACCUGUAGAUGGUAUCAUGUUGUGUCAAAAUCGACUCGGAUCAAAAACACAUCAGGAGCAUACGAUGGUUCAUGAAAUGGUGCACAUGUAUGAUCAUCACAAAUUCAAAGUGGAUUGGAACAACUUAAAACAUCAAGCUUGCAGUGAGAUUAGAGCAGCCAGUUUAAGUGGGGAUUGUCGUUGGACUAGAGAAUUACAGCGAGGAUUCUUUACUUUUACAAAGCAACACCAAGCCUGUGUCAAAAGAAGAGCCAUCAUUUCAGUUACACAAAAUCCAAACUGUGAAGAUGAAAAAGAUGCUGAAAGAGCUGUUUCAAGCGUAUUUGAGAGUUGCUUUGCAGACACAAGGCCUUUUGAUGAAAUCUAUUAGAGAAAAUAAACUGCUGAGAUCGAAAAUGCUUUAUAAAUGAACUAAACUCUUGGCCCUUUUUUCUUUCUUUCUUGUUAU